AUGCCACAUAGAUCUUUUUGUUGCUGCGGUCAACAACAAAAAGAUCUUAUCACCCGAGAGAUGAGGUCUCGGGCUCUGCUUCGAGGAAGAGAGUACGUAGGGAGACAGAAAGCUAAAGGAUCCGUCAAAGAUGCAUGGAACUCAGCUGUCGGCGAAGAUUGCGGUGACACAACAAUGGAAAUAAUGAUGAAGGAGCUAGAUCAGUCGGUGGAAACUAUGGUUGCAAGCUUGAUGACUAUGGUUAAAAGUCAAUCGAGCCAGGAGCUGAACACAUGGGCUCACCGCGUCAAGUGGUAG